AUGGACCGGCCAAGUAAGCGCAGAAGGCUCUCGCCACCGGAUGACGAUGGGUCGAGUGACGCGGAUUCUGGAUCUGAGCAGACCAACGCCGUUGCGAGUCAUGCCGAGGAUAUCCGCGAUAUUGACAGCGACCAUGAACCACGACCUCGACUGGACGCCGCACCAAUGUCAAGAAUAAAGGCAAAGGCCGUGGCCACAGACAAAAUCUCUACAGCUACUGCUGAGGAAUCACGAGAUGCUCUCCCCUCCACAAUCGAGUCCUCCAUGGACCCAGAGAACGCCACUUUCGCCACGCUCGGGGUAGACCCAUGGUUGAUAGCCUCCCUCUCACAUCUGGCCAUCAAACAACCCACCCGCAUCCAAAGCGCCAGUAUACCUCAGAUCCUCGCCGGACGAGACUGUAUAGGUGGCUCUCGAACAGGUUCAGGAAAGACGGUGGCCUUUGCAGUCCCUCUGCUCCAACAAUGGGCUCGUGAUCCCUCCGGCAUCUUCGCCGUCAUCCUCACACCGACACGAGAACUGGCGUUACAAAUCUACGAGCAAGUUGCCGCGAUCGGAGGCCGACAGGGAGUGAAAUGCUGUCUAGUCACUGGUGGAGCGGACAUGCGCUCUCAAGCCCUAGAACUAGAACGCCGCCCUCAUUUCGUCGUGGCCACACCCGGACGCCUGGCCGAACACGUCUCCAUGUCCGGCUCCGAAACGAUCAAAGGAUUACGAAGAGUACAGUACGUCGUGAUGGACGAAGCAGACCGCCUUCUGAAGACAGGCAAAGGCAGCAUGCUCCCAGACGUAGAGACCUGUCUGUCCGCCCUCCCACCUUCCGGCCAAAGACAAACCUGCCUCUUCACCGCUACAGUAACGCCAGAGGUGCGAGCACGCAAAGAGCUACCUCGCCCGCCAGGAAAGCCACCAUUAUUCAUCACCGAGAUCGACUGCGAAACCCUCGCCAUCCCCACAAAACUGAAACAAACAUACCUACUAGUCAACGUCCUCCACAAGGAGAAAUACCUCCACGUCAUCCUCCUCACAACGCAGAAUGUGGAGAAGAGCACAAUUAUCUUCUGUAACCGCACCACCACGGCGAAUCUACUAGAAUACCUCCUUCGACUCCUAGAUCACCGCGUCACAGCUCUGCAUUCCGGUCUGAAACACACGGACAGGAUAAACAACCUCGCUCGUUUCCGCGCUCGCGCAGCCAGGAUUCUGGUGGCUACGGAUGUUGCGGCGCGGGGUCUAGAUAUUCCUGAUGUUGGAUUCGUGAUCAACUAUGACUUACCACGAGAUCCAGACGAUUACAUCCACCGUGUCGGCCGUACGGCUCGUGCUGGUCGAUCAGGUACGGCUAUAUCAUUUGUAGGACAGAGGGAUGUGGAGCUCGUGCAGGCUGUGGAGAAGAGGGUAGGAAGGGAGAUGGAAGCGUAUGCUGAGGAGGGCGUAAGUGUGGAGACGAGGGUGGUGAGGGAUGCGCUCAAUAUCGUUGGUGUGAAGAAGAGGGAGGCGCUGCUUGCUAUUGAGGAGGGGAGGGACGUUAAGGGGAAUAGGGUUAGGGGUAUGGCUGGGAAGAAGAGGAAGACUUAA